AUGGACUGGGAUGAGAGAGCUAUCAAGCUUUACCUCGAUGACGAAUUAUUGAACUGUGUCUUACUUUCUAGAACUCUUAACCCAGCAGGCUCACCAGUCAUGAAUCCAUUCAAGGCACCACAAUUCCUUAUCCUUAACCUCGCUCUUGGCGCUACAGGCGGUCCAAUCGAUGAUAAGGACUUCCCAAGAAGAUACUACAUCGAUUAUGUUCGCGUCCAACAAAUGAAGAAGUACAUGAAGGAGCAGUAA